AUGGCCCCAGCCAGAGUGCUGCUCCUCCCGAUCCCGGCCCCCGGCCACAUCAAGUCCAUGGUCGAGUUGGGCAAACUCCUCCACCGUUACCAUUUCUCCGUCACCGUCCUCAUCGCCUCAAUCCCUGACUUACCCGUUGACCACUGUAUCGCCACCGUCGCCGCCUCCGGCCUCGACUUCCGCCAUCUCCAGCCCGUCGAUCCGCCCAAGGACUUCGACGGAGUAGAGGAUUUCAUCUCCGCUUAUAUGGGGGAGCAAAGACACCAAAUCAAAUCCCUGCUCCGUGACCUCUUGCGCUCCGGCGACGCCCCUUUGGCCGGUAUAAUCGUCGACUUAUUUGCCACCGGAACGAUCGACGUCGCGGCCGAACUCGGUGUGCCUUGCUAUGUCAAUUACAUCUGCAACGCCGCCUUCCUCGCUCAUAUGCUCUAUCUCCCAACCCUCGAGGAGAAGUUCCCCGUGGAGUUCGAGGAAAUGGAAGAAGAGGUGAGGGUGCCGGGCGUGUGCCCCAUCCCGCCGAUCUCGUUGCCGUCGCCCUUCAUGAAGAAGAAGAGCGGGAGGUACACUUGCUUGCUCAACCUUGGCCGGCGCUACUCCGAGGUUAAAGGCAUCGUGAUCAACACAUUCACGGAUGUUGAGCCGGCGACGCUGCGGGCGCUGGAAGAGGGUCUCUGCACGCCCGGCCGUCGGACCCCGCCGGUGUAUUCAGUCGGCCCGCUGAUCUCGCCCGAGGAGGGGGAAAAAGAUCGGCAGCACGAGUGCGUCGCGUGGCUCGACGGGCAGCCGGCACGCUCGGUGGUGUUCCUCUGCUUCGGGACCGGAGGCUGCUUCAGCGCGGAGCAGGUGCGGGAGAUAGCGGCGGGUCUGGAGCGUAGCGGGCGCCGGUUCUUGUGGGUGGUGCGGGUGGCGACGGACGAGGUGAUAUUCGGGACGUUGAGGCCGGCGGAUGCGAAGUUGGAGGACGUGCUGCCGGAGGGAUUUCUAGAGCGGACUAAGACGAGGGGGAUGGUAUGGCCGUCGUGGGUGCCGCAGGUGGAGAUUCUAGCUCACCGGGCGGUGGGGGGGUUCGUGACGCACUGCGGGUGGAACUCGAUCCUGGAGAGCCUACGGUACGGGAUCCCCAUGCUGGGGUGGCCGCUGUACUCGGAGCAGCAUUUGAACGCGGUGGUGAUGGCAGAGGAGAUGGGGGUGGCGCUGCAGCUGAAGGUGGAGAGGGCGAAGCGCAACUUUGUGAAGGCGGAGGAUUUGGAGAGGGGAGUGAAAACGUUAAUAGGGGAGAGCGAGGAAGGAAGGAGAGUGAGGGCGAAGGCGGAGGAGAUGAUGGCGGCGGCUAAGAAGGCAUGGGAACAAGGUGGAUCUUCCUUAGCAAACAUGGAAGCCUUGGUGAAGGAUUUGCGCGCCAAAUGA